CAACAUUGUUAUUCUCGUCGGAUUAGGACACUGAAACCAUGAUAAGGAAGCCUGAUCCAUCCGUCAAGGUUAGCAAUGGUGGUGCUAAUAAACUUAGGAAAGGAUUGUGGUCGCCGGAGGAAGACGACAAGCUCAUCAACUAUAUGUUAACCAAUGGGCAGGGAUGUUGGAGUGAAGUGGCUAGGAGUGCUGGCCUGCAAAGGUGUGGCAAGAGCUGUCGCCUUCGUUGGAUCAAUUAUUUGAGACCUGAUCUCAAACGAGGAGCCUUUUCUCCUCAAGAAGAAGAGCAUAUCGUCCAUUUGCAUUCCAUUCUUGGCAACAGGUGGUCCCAAAUAGCGGCUCGUCUACCCGGUCGUACCGACAAUGAAAUAAAGAACUUUUGGAAUUCAACAAUAAAGAAAAGACUAAAGAAUUUGUCAUCCACUCCCUCGCCAAAGGCUAAUAACGAUGCCAUAUUGUCAAUGCAAGAACAAGGAAUGUUGCCUAUGUGCAUGGAUUUACCAUCCACUUCGUCCAACUCUUCCUUUCAAUCCAUGGUCCUCAACCACACCACGGCCGGCAACUCUUUACCGAUGCUCAAUCAUGGACUCGACGUGUUUGGGGAAACCGGAUACAUCGACCCCGCCGUACAUGUGACACAGCUCGGGGUAAAUCGAGACGGCUUCUGCGGCGAAAAUGAGAUGUCGGGCAGUGUUGACUAUGUCCCUCCUUUAGAAAGCAUUGGAGAAAAGAACCCUAAAACUGAAAAUACAGUUGAUGCUUGGAACAUCAACAACCCUUUCAAUAUCAUAAACAAUAGUAAUAGUAAAAACAACAUUAGCAAAUCAGAAGCUGUUGGGAAUUUUCGGAUAGGAGAAGAGCUCAAGGUUGGAGAAUGGGACUUUGAGGACUUGAUGAAAGAUGUUUCUUCCUUCCCUUUUCUUGAUUUCCAAAGCUGAUAUAUAUAUAUAUCCUACUCAUACAAUCCACAAAAAUAAACACAAAAACAGCAUGUUUUGGGAGUUUA